GCUGCUGUAGAUGUCUUGCGUUUAGGGUUUGAAUGGUGUACACACGGAGGGCCGUGUCGUUGUUUUGUGAUCUUUAGCCUCUGCAAAAACAAAAACAAACUGUCAAGCCUAAACCGGCGGGUCAGCACGAUGAAAUUAGGCGAGCGCUUUCGGAAGCCAUUGGACACAAUGGCACCUUACUGUGUUUAGGAUUACUGCAGUUGCGGAGAUCAGAGCACGCGCGAGGUCUGCCAGCCCAACUCGGGCGGACGUUGCGUUUGAAUACGGUGACAGUCAACAGCGUCCUCCCACCCAGCUUUUAUAUAAUGGAAGAUCGCAUACAGAUAUGAUGUGCUGAUGCAGACGAGGUGGUAAGACGCAAGGUUUCCCCACUGGAGCAUUUAGUGUUGAUGAGCGUAAAGGCGAAGGCUCAGUUUACUUCACGACGCCUCAACUCAUCCUGAGACUGAUAUUUCUCGCCUGUGUUCCUGUGAAACUGAAGCAAUGGCGAGACACGCUACUGUCAGGGCUCGAGCCAUAUGCCCCGCUUUCAUGAGCUAGCCUCCCGCGUGUGGCAACAUUACCAACUCUAGUAGGACUAGCUGCGGUCCGUCAGCUGCAACGCGAGCUCCGCGCAGGUGCCGUCGGUACGAGGUGAAGCUGGCGGCCCUUCGGUUAGAGUCGGAGGAGAAAGAUCUGAGCGCCAUGGCGUGGGUGCUGAAGAUGGACGAUGCUACCAUCGAGUCUGGGCUUGUGCACGACUUUGAUGCCAGUUUAUCUGGCAUCGGUCAAGAGCUCGGGGCUGGCGCGUACAGCAUGAGUGAUGUGUUGGCUCUGCCCAUCUUUAAGCAGGAAGAUGUUAGUGUUCCUGUGGAGUCUGACACCAAGAAUCCUCCGUUUCAGUAUGUGCUGUGUGCCGCCACAUCCCCUGCUGUUAAACUGCACGAGGAGACGCUCACCUACCUAAACCAAGGCCAGUCUUAUGAAAUCCGGUUGCUUGAUAACAGGAAAAUAGGGGAGAUGCCAGACCUCAACAAGACUGUGAAGAGUCUAGUUAGGGUGGUUUUCCAUGACCGAAGGCUUCAGUUCAUGGAGCAACAACAGCUGGAGGGAUGGAAAUGGAAUCGGCCCGGUGACCGUCUUCUUGACAUCGAUAUCCCCAUGUCAGUUGGCAUCACAGAGCCCCACACACACGCCUCCCAGCUCAACGCUGCAGAGUUCCUGUGGGAUCUCUCCAAAAGAGCGUCUGUGUUUGUGCAGGUUCAUUGCAUCAGUACAGAGUUUACCCCACGAAAACAUGGUGGAGAGAAAGGAGUUCCGUUCCGUAUCCAGAUUGACACCUUUAAGCAAAAUGAAAGUGGAGAAUAUACGGAGCACCUGCACUCCGCCAGCUGCCAGAUCAAAGUCUUUAAGCCAAAGGGAGCAGACAGAAAGCAGAAAACAGACAGAGAGAAGAUGGAGAAACGGACCGCACAAGAGAAAGAGAAAUAUCAACUUUCCUAUGACACCACAAUUUUGUCAGAGACUCGGUUGGAGCCUGUGAUUGAGGAGGCUGUAGAACAUGAGCUUAAAAAAUCAAGCAAGCGUACACUUCCUGCAGACUGCGGCGAUUCCAUCGCCAAAAGCAAAAGAGGAAGUUGCUCUCCAUGGUCGGAUAAUGCAUACGUCAGUCCCAAUACUGCAUCUACUCCGACCUUUACCUCCAGCACACACACAUACAGCACUGGCAGCACAGUACCUGACAGUGAGUCAUCCUCACCUAACCACCAAGGGGAUCCUGGUACCCUCAUGUCUAUGGAGUCUUUGAGUCCCACAGCCUCUAUACAGGAGACGCAGAAGUGGCUCCUUAUGAACAGAUUCAACUCGUACAGUCGUAUUUUCACCCAUUUCUCAGGUUCUGAUCUACUGAAAUUAACUCGGGAGGAUUUAGUCCAAAUUUGUGGCGCAGCUGAUGGAAUCCGACUUUACAAUGCACUGAAAUCAAGAGCAGUGCAUCCCAGACUCACAGUCUAUGUCUCCCUGGAGGCUUCUCAGAGCGCGAGUCCUAUUCUGGAGAAACGUGGCCACAGCAAAAACGGAGAACACAGCAGUCAAACAUCCAUACAUGUUUACCAUGCUCUUUACCUUGAUGAGAUGACUGCUUGUGAGCUCACCAGGAAAAUCUCCAGUGUCUUGUCCCUGCCACUCACCCACAUUAACCAAGUGUACAAACAGGGGCCCACAGGGAUACACAUACUACUCAGUGACCAGAUGGUUUAUAAUUUCCCUGAUGAGAGCAGUUUCAUUGUCAGCACAAUACAAGAUGACACAAGCGAUGGAUUUCACCUUGUGCUGAAGUAGAGAUGCCUGAAAAACUAUGUUAAGCAGAGAGUGCGAUGACAUCAUAAGGCUCCAUACUGCCUCUCUUGGGCAUUCAGUAUGCUCCCUCCAUCCUUGUCUCUCUUCCUCUCUUUAUCUUGCUCUCUCUUUCUUCACGUCUCUGACAUUAGAGAGAGAGAGAGAGAGAGAGCCAGGGUUGGGCAGGGCCUCCUAACUGUUAGAAUCUGACUUCAGUGUGUAAAUUUUUUCAUAUUGAAAACACUUAAACUGAUGCCAGUGUGUUUACGGGGUGGGCUUUUAAGGAUGUGUGUGUGUUUUUAAAGAUUUAAUUAGGAGGGAUGGAGUGGAGCAGAAACCGCAAGGAAGUGGAGGAGAUUUGUGACCACUUUUACUUCAGCAUGGUGUUCGUAGAGUGUAUAAUGUCGUGAUAUGGCUGUUCCUCACUUCUGUGGCAAAAAAGUCCACACUCAGACUGUCUUCAGUUUGCAAGUUAUGAACGUAUAGUACUUGAGUUUGUUCGCCUUUGUGAGUUGUCAAUUGUUUUUCUGCCUGCCCCUUUGUACUGUCACCAUUGCACCCCUCGUGGGAAUAAUGACCUCUCUUUCAAAAGUGGGGAAAUGCAUCCUGACUUAGGCAUGCGCAGGGUGUCUAUUAUGUCUGUCUGGAUUAAAUGAUUCCUUGAGUUUAAGUAUGAUGCCCUGCAGCUAACGUGAGGUUUGUGAGACUACAUUUAGGCUGUAUGCUACUCUUGUAGAAGACAUUGUCAGUGCUGAUGUCCCUUUUCCAAUUCCUCCAUCAAGACCAAUCAUGUCUGGUGCCAUUUUGUUUACUACAUACUGUUAAAACUGACAACUACAUGGUAGUUUCUUGGAAUUCUUAGCAUUUACUUUGUGUUUAGCGGGUUGAAUUAAUCAUCUAAAUUUAAGCUUAUUGGACCCCACUCACCCCACAUUGUAUUUAAAUAGUGGGAGCCUUUGAUUUUUAGAUGGUGAUUGUUGUUGCCUGGUAACUAUUUUCUGUCCUAUAUAGUAGCUCUUGGCACAGAUUAUAAUGCAACUUUUGAUAUGGGAAGUAAGCACAAUUGCAUAAACCUCCAUAAAUUAUAUUUUGCAUAAUGCCUUUGCUUUCUUUUAUCUGACUCUCUUCCUAGCCUUGGGACAAUAAUAGUACUUUUGACUGGCCAGCCAGGGCAGGUUCAGUCUGGUGGCUUUUUAUUUUAUUGUUUUUAUUUUUUUCCCUCACCUUGAAUAGAGAUUGACUUGGUAGGUCAUCUCAGUAGUUAUGUAUUGGGCAGCUGUGCUUUGGCAUGUACUGAGUGUAUUUUUGCCAUGUUAUAGAGGAGCAUGGUUGUAAGAAUGUUUACUUCUUACAAUUCUUUAUAAAAAAGGAAUGACCAAGCCUGCACUGAACUGAAACCACAACAAAUGUCACGCCAUUGGACACCUUGCUGUCGUUGGAUGUUCACUUAGCAUUUUGGUGUACACAAAGUUUCCAGGUGAAGAAAUUAUCAAAGUAUAAAUAUAUGAAGAGGUGUGUUAUUCUCUUCCUCCAAUGAUGUGGAUCACACGGUCUGUCCUCUGCAUUUCCGUGAUAAUGAUCAUGGUGCCCUCAUGUCACUGUAUAAAGAAGCCUCUCUUCCAUAGGGGGUGCUGAGAUGUACACAAUUAAGGCCUGAACAAGAAAUAAAAUAAUUUUCUUAUAUUGUCUCUGGGUAAUUAUAAUUAAAUUGUAUAUAUUCAUUAUAAUGAAAAGUGAGGAAGAGUGUUGGGUAUAAUGUGAUUACAAUGUAAUUUAUUACUGUAAUCUAAUUUGAGUACAAAAAGAUAGUGUAAUGGAUUACAUUUUAAAUUCUUGUAAUCAGACUACAGUGACUGACUUUCAGUUAAUUACUUUUUAAGUAUAUUGGGUUAUAUUAUUUUUAGAAUAUUUUUUUGAAGUAGUUUUGUGUUCCCUUGCAAUAAGUUUUGUGGUCCUUCACGAUAGAUUUUCCUGUUUAAAUGUU